AUGUUUACCAAGUCUCCACAUGAAGAGCGAUCUCUACAGAUUCUGGAAGACACUGUUAGUUACAGCUCGCGGAUGAACACCACGGGAUUGCUUUGGAAAGAUGGUCCCCGUGUAUUUCCAAAUAGCCUGCCCGAAGCAAAACGAUCACUAUUAAGCAUGCAAAAGAAAAUGGCAGCAGACCCUUCUUUUGCAAAUGAGCUACAUGGUGAAACACUAAAACUGAUAGCCAAAGGCUAUACCAGAAUGUUAGAAGAGGAAGAAGUCGUGGAGAAACCCGAAAACGGAUGGUACUUGCCAAUUUUUACCGUAGGAAAUCCACAUAAACCUGACAGGGUCAGAUUGGUGUGGGACGCGGCAGCUCAAUUAUCGGGAGUAGCCCCAAAUGACUUUCUUCUAAAGGGACCCGAUAUUUUCGUGCCCUUGCUGCAGAUUAUGUAUAACUUUAGAAUGAGAGCAAUUGGUGUCAGCGGUGACAUCGCCGAAAUGUUCCAUCGAAUAGCAGUAAGAGAAGAAGACGCUAAAGCACAACGAUUCCUAUGGCAAAAUCGGACAACAGGCGUCGUGGAAACUUUCCAAUUAAAUGUGUUGACAUUUGCGCACUAUGUGCGCGACCUGAACGCUAAGAAACACGCAGAUAAGUUUCCUUCGGCAGCUAAAGCUAAUCAGAGAAGUCACUACGUAGACGACUUCAUCGAUUCAUGCCAUUCGGAAGAAGAAGCCAUUACAUUAGCGAAGGAAGUUAGAGAAGUCCACGAACGCGGAGGCUUCCAUAUGCGCAAGUGGUUAUCAACGGGUACUAGCUGCACUUUGUGA